GGUACCUACAUCCCCACGCUCUUGUUCUCUUUGCCUGUUUGCCUCGUCCCUCUUUCCUGGAGGCUUUUCCCCACUCUCGUCUGUAGCCUAAAUUCUAAAAUGGAGACGACCAAAGACGUGUCUCCCAGCAAAUCACGCGCCAUCCUCAUCGCAAGGAGCGGUCCACAUUUCGACCAAGCAAACCGCAACAAGAAUAGCCACAUCCCGAGGGCCUUUCGUCCUAGCGUAGCAAGCAUACUUUAUUCUUGCUCCGCUCUGUGA